GCAAGGGGCCUGGAGCCAAGCGGGGUCAGGUGCCAGAGCCGGCGGUGCCGGACAUCAACCCGGCUGGGUCUCCAUCCCCCCUCAGCAGGGCAGGCAGGGCAGGCAGGAUGCGGCCAGCCGUACUCAUCGUCACGCAGCUGCCUGUCCCCAGCCAGACCAUCACCGUGUCCUACUCCUGUCCCCAGCGUCCCCAGCCGCAGCAGUCGAUAUCCCAGCGGGGCCGAGCCGAGCGUGCCGCCGGCAUCACCGAGCCGCGAGCAUCCGCUGCAUCCCUCGCCCACGGGGCAUCGGUGGGGACCCCCCCGGCCACGGCACCCCCAUCCCGCGGCUCUGCCCCGCCGGUGGCAAGGUGACGGGGACGGGCGAGCGGCGAGGUCGUGGUGGCCCUGCCACUCGUCCCCAACACCCUGAUAGCGUCCAUGGACUUUGUGCUGAGCGUGGGAGCGGCGGUGGUGACAGCGACGUGUCUGUUGGUGCUGCCAGAGCCCCAAGUCGCCUGCGAGACCCGGCUUUGGACAGCAGCUCCCUGGUGGCUCCGCAGUGACCGGGAAGGACCAGGGACCUGCUGGUGGCCUGGGACAGGACAGUGACAGGAAGAAGGUGCAGGGCUCCAGGAAGCAGCCAGAGCGGAAACGUGGGCAUCGCCUGCCUCAGCACCCCCGCCCCAGCGCUGCCGGGAGCCUCGGGGCCACAUCCAGCACCCAUUCUGACUGCACUGGCACCCAACCAGGAGCUGGUGGCAUCAUCAUGUCCCAGGCAGAAGGAGAUGAGGAGACCUUUGAAUACUGCGAUGUGGUCAUCAACAGCCAGGAGAAGGUUUUGGACGUGUACACGCAGCUGGAGAAACUGGGGGAGGGAAAAUUUGGGACAGUGUACCGGCUGCAGGAAAAAGCCACCGGCAAAAUCCGAGCUGGGAAAUAUUUCCGGACGCGGACAGCUAAAGAGAAGCAGGCAGCUCAGGCCGAGGUGGAGCUCAUGAACCUGCUGCAUCACCCGCGCCUCGUGCAGUGCCUCGCUGCCUUCCAGGGUCCCACCGAGCUGGUGAUGGUGAUGGAGUACGUGGCAGGUGGGGAGCUCUUUGAGCGCAUUGUGGAUGAUGACUUUGAGCACACGGAGCCCAGCAGCACCCAGUACCUGCGGCAGAUCCUGGAGGGACUGCAGUUCAUGCACGGCCAGGCUGUCGUCCACCUCGACCUCAAACCCGAGAACAUCGUCUGCGUCAGUCCCGGCAGCCACUGGCUCAAGAUCAUCGACUUCGGCUUGGCACGGAAGCUGGCUCCAGACACCCCUGUGAAGGUGUUGCACGGCACCCCUGAGUUCAUGGCUCCAGAAGUGGUCGCCUUUGAGCCCGUGGACUUCUUCACGGACAUGUGGAGUGUUGGUGUCAUCUGCUAUAUCCUGCUGAGUGGGGAGUCCCCAUUCCAGGGUGACAAUGACAUGGAGACGCUGAACAACAUCACAGCUGCCCGGUGGGACUUUGAGGAGGAGACCUUCUCAGAGAUCUCCCAGCAAGCCAAGGAAUUCAUCAGCCAACUGCUGCAGAAGGACCCACGCCGCCGUCUGUCCAGCGCAGGGGCUUUGCUGCACCCCUGGCUGCAGCAGCCCCAGCCCAGCAGCACGAAGCCGCUGUCGAAGGAGAGGAUCAAGCAGUUCCUGACUCGUCGGAAGUGGCAGAAAACAGGCAAAGCCCUGCUGGCCCUCAACAGGUUGACCCUGCUGUCCCAGAGCCCGGAGAGGAAAGUGUCAGAGGCUCAGGGUGAGGAAGACCUGGGCUGCAGCCCAGAGGAGGACUAAGCCUCCAGGUCUCUGCCCCAACAAGGACCUAGCUUCUCGGAGCUUCUGAUGGACCGAGAGGAGGAGGAAGGUGGGAGUGCUGCGGUCAUGGGGAGGCAGAGAACAGCACCAGUGUGGCCGUGCCACACCAGUCCUGGACCACCGACAGGAGCAGAGAGUGAUGGGGAUGAAGCCUCCUCCAGCAGCUCUCACAAUGACCCGGCCAGCCUGGGGUAGACCUGGACCCCAGGGCUCCUCUCCUGUGGGUGAGCUCUGGGGUCCCACAGCGUCCCUGCACUGGUGUGGGGACAGCCAUGCCUGCUGUCCCCAGCAAGGAACCAGAGCUCCUGUCUGCAUGGCCACCCAGGGUAGAGCUGUCCCCAAUAAAGCACUGAGGAUCUCUG